AUGGAUUUAGAAGAAAUGUCGUUCUUCGAUUCGCAGGCCCCGACCCCUACCAGGUCGAGCUUCGAUCACCAGUAUGACCAAGAACAUGAUCACUACUUUGAUCAAGACGAGUAUAUGAGGAGAUUAGAGACCAUACCGAGUGUGCUCCAAGAUAGCAAUGGCGACGGAUACGACCGAUUCGAUCCCAGCCCUAGUCGCUCCCGAAGAAGCUCGGAAACGAAGGCGGAAGAGGAAGAUGUCGAAAAAGAAGCCGCCCCCGACUCGUCUAAGGAAGGUGUUGCUCCUCCUGAUAAAGACCCGAAUCUGGUUGAAUGGGACGGUCCCGGUGACCCUGAGAAUCCCCAGAAUUUCACCCCAGCCAAGAAAUGGGCAAUCACCACGUUCCUUUCUUCUCUGACGAUAUGGGUUACCUUUUCGACCAGUGUGUUCAGUCAGGCUACUCAAAUCACCGCCGCCGAAUUUGGGGUAUCAGAUGAGGUUAUGAUUCUGGCAACCAGCCUACCACUUUUUGGCUUCGCACUUGGUCCCUUGCUGUGGGGUCCUAUUUCCGAACUAUUUGGCCGAAAGAAGCCCUUGUUCUUUGGCUUCUUUGUCUUUGUCAUCUUCCACAUCCCCGUCGCCGUUGCUCAGAACGUCGAGACCAUUAUGCUUGCUCGGUUCUUCAUUGGUUUCUUCGGCUGCGCUCCUUUGGCUAUUAUUGGAGGAGCCCUAGCUGAUAUGUGGGAUCCUGUCGAUCGAGGCGUAGCAAUGGCCUCGUUUGCUGGAGGUACUUUUGGUGGCCCUACUUUAGGUCCUAUUCUUGGUGGCUUUAUUGUUCAAUCCCACCUUGGUUGGAGGUGGACAGCCUGGAUCAAUCUGAUUGCUGCAGGGUUCUUCAUGGUCAUUGCCUUCUUUGUUGUUCCCGAAACAUACGCGCCUGUGCUUCUUCAAAAGCGUGCGGCUCGUCUGCGAGUCGAGACCAAGAACUGGGCAUUCCACAGCAAGUUAGAAGAGAACCCUCCCAAGGCCGGCGACAUUCUGACCCGAUAUGUCUCGCGUCCACUCCAAAUGCUCUUCCUCGAGCCAAUUCUGCUCUGCGUCACCAUCUACCUCUCUCUUAUCUACGGUAUCCUGUAUCUCCUUUUUGAGGCCUACCCAUACUCCUUCCAGGAAAUUCGUGGCUGGAAGAGCGCCGGAGUGGCUGCCUUGCCAUUUUUGGGUAUCUUGAUUGGAGUUUUGCUCGGAUGCGCUUUCAUCAUCUACUUGACCAAGACCAGAUUCGCACGGAAGAUGAAGAAAAACGGGGGCGUUGUUCCCGAAGAACGUCUCGUUCCCAUGUUCCUCGGCUCCGUACUUUUGCCUAUCGGCCUCUUCUGGUUUGGUUGGACAUCUAACAAGGACAUUAGCUGGGUACCACAAGUGCUUGCUGGCAUCCCUAUCGGAGCCGGUAUUCUCAUCAUUUUCAUGCAAGGAUUGAACUACAUGAUUGAUGUGUACUUGAUGUUUGCCAACUCUGCCCUUGCUGCCAACACUCUCUUCCGAAGCGGUUUGGGUGGUGGCUUCCCACUCUUUGCUACACAAAUGUACAAGACUCUUGGCGUGCCAUGGGCAACCAGUCUUUUGGGAUUCUUGACUGCUGCCAUGAUUCCCGUUCCGAUUUUGUUUUAUUUAUAUGGAGCUAAGCUCCGUGCCAUGAGUCGCUUCAACCCGAGGCUGUAA